CACUAGUUGAGAGAUCUUGCUUCAGGAGACUGUGCCCCCACCGAUGGAGCCCGCCGAGAAAGACCGAAACCCGCCUUUUGCGGUCAGUAUAUUAGGUCUGCCAGGUGACAAUGAGGUUUUUGCAGAGGACGAUGAGAUCUGGAUUAAACCAAAGUUCUCCCCGCUUCCACGAAGACGGAGUUCCUCCUCAGACGAAGACUCGCAACCUCCGUUAAACCUGAGUCGAAAAGUUUCCUUUGCUGAUGCAUUUGGCCUGGAGCUUGUGUCGGUGAGAGAGUAUGACAAGUGGGACGUGGGCGGCUGCUCGGCGGGAGCUGGAGCGCAGGAUGAACGGGCACACCAAGAUGAAUGCCUUCUGCUGCCCCUUUUUGAGCUGCCGUCCUCCCCCGAGCAGCUGAGGCAGAAACUUUAUGCCCAGAAAGUGGAACUAGAAUCAACAGAGUUUCCCCGGGGUACGAACUGCAUGAAAGGGUUAAUUCGUGUACUGAAUAUAUCAUAUGAAAAGCUAGUGUACAUCCGGAUGACAUUAAAUAAUUGGGAGAGCUACUAUGACAUCUUGGCUGACUAUGUAACCGAUUCUUGUGACGGCGAAACUGACCAGUUCACGUUCAAAAUUCUGUUAGUCCCCCCUUAUCUGAAAGACGGUGCUAAAGUCGAAUUUGCCAUCCGCUAUGAAACCCAAGAUGAUAUUUAUUGGGCGAACAAUGAUCACAAAAAUUACGUGAUCCUUUGUCACAAGAAGGGUGACCCGAUUGCAAAUGAAAAGCCCCAAGAAGAACUGGAUGACCGAAAUUUAAAAAGCUGCCUAAAGACGACAUACAGCAAAGAGAUCCUGGAAACUUCCUGUGAUGAAGGCCUCACAUUCCUAACAAGCACUGAAGCACAACAGGAAAACAGAAAGAUGAUUUUGGAAACGAAGGCAGUAACACAAUGGAAUUCUGAAGGCCAUUUAAAUGAAAACGGAGAAGAAAAAGAAGUAAAAAGACAACAACUGGACCCACAGAUGCAUCCGCCAUUGCAUAUUUCACUGACAAACUCAAGCAGCCAAGAAGAUAAUUUAAUGCAAUUGGAAGGCUUGCACUGCAAUGUCAAAGAAGAGAAUGAGAAGAACUCAGCUAUCAUCAGCGAAUCGCCAAUCAGUCAGCAGAAGGACUUGGAAGAAUAUCAUAUCAACUUUGCAAGCACAAGUAACUACACUGAGAAUAAGGUAAAACAAGAUCGAGAAUCUGAAUGGGUUGGAAUCUCUCCCAGUCUUGAAACUGAGGAUCAUGGGAGAGAUAUAAGUACAGCAAAAACAGCGGAUAGUACAGACAUUGCAACAAGCACAAAUAACAUAAUGACCCUAUCUUCAGAAUUGUUUGCUAUAAAUGGAGCACAUUCACAACAGAGAAGGAAUGAAACCUUUAUAUCACAUGGAAAUGAUAUUUCAACUAAAUCCCAGCUAGAAAUUAAUAGGUCCUUGGGAAACAAUCCACACAACCCUUCUUCUACUGAAAUGCAAGACAACUCAGUAAUCAUUGAGGGUGCUAUAGGCAGAGUUAGUAAACUCACUACUAACACAUCAAAUCCUACAGACUUAGUACAAAAUUCCACAGGCUCUGAAAAUAAAAGUGGUGAAGAUAAUUACUUGAUUGGUGAUUCAUCAUUAAUCAGUGCAUUGGAAUCUUUCCCUGUUUCUGCAGUACACACCGACACUGAACCCAAGUAUGAGCCAGAGAGAAUCAGUUUCUCACAUAAUGGAUCAAUCUCAUCAAAGGAAAGACAAGUAUUCAGUGCAAGUAUAGCCGACCCAAAGGAGCUGUCCCAACGUUACAGUGAAACUGAAAACUUGAAAGCUAUAAAGCUAGAAGACUUUUCCACGAAACGGUUUUCACAGAACAAGAAGGCAGAGAGUGCACAAGACCAAAAUCCAGCUCACAGAACAGAGAAAAUGAUUCCAUCUACGAUACAAAUUCCAGAGAAUGAUUCAACAGAAAAAGCUGUUGUUGAUGAAGGAAAAGAGGAUGAAGGAGGAGUCACACAAAUUACAGAGCAGUCUACUCAUGUUUUAUCACGUAUAUUAGCUGAUACAAUGGUAAAGGAAGCAAUUGAAGCAGCUUUGUUUGAAAUUACUGGAGAUGAAGGAAAAAUGUUCACAUGUGAAUCACAAAAAACAAAGGCAUUAUCAAACAAUUCACAACCUUCAAAACACAAAGAGACCAAAGUUUUGAGUUUCACUUCAAGGCAUGGAGAUCCUUCAAAAAUCCAUUCUAUCGAAGAACAAAAUACAAGAAGUUGCUCACGGCAUGGUGAACACAUAAUGAAAACCAACACAAUGCAUAUGCAAAUAGAAGAGGCUGCAUCCAAUACCACUCAGAGAAACAUAGAGGAAGAAACAGCUCCUGGAGUGAGUCUGCCUGCAUGGACAUCUCCAUCAGUUUCAGAGAAAGCUGUGCAUUCAGAUGUGGCCAAUUCAGUGAAAGUGCUUUCUGUGCUUCAGGAAAAAGCAGGAUUACCUCAUGAACAUGCUGGGGGAAGUGAAAAAGUUCCAGGAAAUAUUUUUGGAUUUAAAAAUUGUGGAUUGAACCAAAUGCACACCGAGGUUGGAAAGCAGAUGGCCAUUAACCUUACAGAUCUUACAGGAGAGGGGGGGCAUUACAAGGAGAAGCGGAUCAAGAAUGUGAAGAGUGUAAAGGUUACACAGAACUGCAAUAUUUCAGAGCCCGACUACACACAUAAUGACAGUGUGGUGGAUAUAAAGGGGUCUUUAGAGCUGGCAAAAGUGGAUGUUGAGAAAGAAGAUACUUCAAAAAUAAAGGACACUUUGUAUGACAAAACAGAUAAAUCUGGGAAAUUUACCCAGAUUAAUAAUGUUACAGUUGUACCUCAACCAGCAAUUAGAGUUGUGUGUACUCCUGACUUGACAGCAGAAGGAAAAACAGUCUACGAAAUGAGUGCAGAAUGUGAGAAGGCUGAUGGGGAUAGUUGUGAGAUGGACAAUGAAACUGUUGUGGAGAGGGAGAGAGAAACAGGUGAUACGUUUUCUGAAGCAGUGGAUUAUUCUGAAAAUAUGGAAAUGAUUUAUGACACUCAAUGUCUCCCUACAAAUAGGAGCACUAAUCAACAUGCAGCAAAACCUAAAGUUGGUACAAGAUUAGGCUCAACCAUUUACACUAUAAAUGAAACUAAAGGGAAGGAAAAUAGAGUGCCCAUACUGCCACAGAAUUCUGAGCUGGAUAACCAAGACAAAUGUUUAGAUCAAGUCAAGUUGAUUACUACACCAGUUAAAGAGAAUGAUGGGAAGGAAACAAGCACUGAAGUUAUAAAUGAUAUCUAUCCAAAUUCAGAAGAGUUAAAAUCUAAAGAAUGUAAUGAGAAACCACACAAGGCUGAGCUUGUGGAUGAAGUUUCUGACAGUGAUGUUGUCAGUAUAGAUUCACGAUUAAAUAGUGAGCCGUUUGCAAAUGAAAUUACUUUGAAAAGCACAGUAUGGAAAGUUUUCUAUUUUGUUUUAUUUGUUGUGUUUCUUGUUACUAUUUAUCAUUAUGAUUUUAUAGGGUGUUUUGCACUGUACCUUUUUACAUUGUAUUGGUUGUAUUAUGAAGGUGAAGCAAACAGUGAUCCUGUCAAAAAAGACUGAUAAAGGAACUUGAACUUUUAUUGGAAGGUGUAAGGAGAGGCAGCUGUUGUAUUUUGUGAAGAACUGAAAUUGGUUUUCAGAGUAGUUAAUCUUAUGAACACUGAGGUAACCAUUUCUUUUCUGAAUGCACACUUCUUUCAUUUGACACAUCAACAAAAUUAUUACCAACAUUUCUAACAAUGUUACAACACAGAAUUAAUCACAUUUUCAAAAUGUGUUCUUAGAAUAAACAAAAAAAUUAUCUGCUCAUUUUCAAUUGUGAUGCUCAAUAUUAUCAUAGGCCUCAAAAACUUCAGCAGUGAAUCCAACAACUAUGCUUUGGAAAUGUCUUACUUACAAAUGUCAAAACACUGCCUAGGAAAAGUAAUCAUACCUCACAUUAACCUGAUUUUAAAAAUUGUUUGAGUGGCAUCUACUUUUUAUAGAAACUGCAUAAAAGUUUCUUGGCAUAAUUAAAUGACCAUUUUUUUGUCUUUCACAAAUGCAAAAUAACACUUUAGUCAGUAAUUUAAGACCAAAAUUUUACUUUUGCUGUUAUAAGUUUCUGUAUUAGCCAGUCUAACACUAAUGGAUACUCUUAGUCAUUAAAUGUUCUUCUUAUUUGAAGUUAAUGGGUAGCAAUAUACAUUGCUUUUCUAAAAUGUUAAGCAUUAAAGUUACCACAAAUUUUAACAAAAACUUCUAUUUUGUGUAUGAUAUUUAUAUUUGGUGCCUUUCAAUCAUCAUUCAAGACUGCCUAAGAGUUUGGGUUUAAGGUUUGUUCAUGAUAUGGCCUGUGAGGUUUCCGGGUAUCUGUGGAAUCACAGAGUAAAGGAUUUCUAGGAAAAGAGGAAGAAGAUCACAUCUUUUCCAAAUGUAUGAAUCUGGAUACCAGAUACUACUUAUAAAGAGGAGGAACAGAUCAGAACUAUCGCAAUAUUUGAGGCAAUAUACUGAGAAAUUAGAUAAUUUAGAGCCAUGUGUUUUUUUUUGGGCACCAUGCUGUCCAAUUUCUAGGAAAAUAGUGAGUGAAUAGUGGGCAGUUACAACACUGUUUGCAGAGUCCACAGUCCCAUCAUGCAGCUGCCUUGUGGUGACUGAAGAAACCUGGAUAGUGAUAUUAAACGUGGACAGUGCUUUCCAUGUUUUCAAAUUCAGGCAGUAGGCCAUCCAGCACAAUGGUGGAAAAGCAGCCUUUCACAGGAGUUCUAAGGCCUGCUGUUCUGUUCUCCUCUUCAGUAUGUGAACUCCCUUUCCCUCUCUUCUCUGUCCACCACAUCCUUCUCCCAUACCAGUCUCUCAACUUCCUAUGCAUACUACAUAAUGACCCACCUCAGGAUGAAAAAGCCUUCUAUAGUGCAAAGCAGUUUCUGUAAUACAAUGCAUGCACUGCCUAAAUACUUGAAAGUAGGAAGGCAUGUUGAGAGAAUGGAAAACAGAGUAUCAGGGAUCUUGGGAUUCCUUCAUUGAGUACACAGCAUUAAAUCUCUACAACAUACCUGUUGGACAUUAACAGAAGAUUGCAUCCAUCACCAUUGUUCUAUUGAGUUUACAAGGGACUAAUCCAUACAUUACACAUCUAAUCUACCAACCUGCCCUCACUGUACAACUCCACCUUCUCACAAUAAAUGUAUGCAAUGAGAGCAUUUAAAAUUGAAAUGCUUCCAAUACCUCCCACAUCUCAAUAUAGGCAGGCAUCGAUACUAUAAAUCACUGCUUUCAUACUCUAGUACAGCCUUUUGUUGAUUGAAGAAUGGAGUGUUCAGAUAUCAAAGCUUCAAACCAGCAAAAAAUCAUCAUCUAAUUGGCAGUGGUAGACUCUUCCCUCCUGGAUGUUUCCGGGAAAAAAUGAUAACCUACAGCAGGCACUUCAAAGCACGGACAGAAAGGACCAAUGAAAUCUCAGCAAAAUCCUCCAGAUCCCAUUGCAGGGCUGGCGAAUCCGCACCAGUGUGUCCUCUCCCAGGCCACCAUCUCCAUCACUGAAGCUGACCGGGAGUUCUCAAUGGUCAGGCAACGUCAUUUGCCUACCUGACACCCAACUUGCAAAGCAGAUAUUGUUCUGAGUUACAUCAUCAUUGUUGUGAAAACAAAUAAAAUGAAUCAAGGAUGUUUUCAAAGCUUUUUUAAAAAAAAUGGCUAACAUUCUGAUCAACUUGUAAGAAUCCCUGGCCCUUGACGAAUACAUGAUGGCAAUUGGAAACCUGAAUCCAUUUGUUAGGAGCGCAUAGACGCCCAGUGUAAGUGCUGAAAACCUCCCAACCUAUCCACUCAGCAGCUCCUUCAAACACAUCUGCAACACAUCAACUGCUUCGGAACCUGAAGCAUUUUGAAUAUCAUAACUUUGGAAGGGUCACGAGGUCCUGGAGGGGGCACAGAGUAAAUUUACCAGAAGAGUUCUAGGAAUGAGACUUUUCAACUGUGAAAUUGACUGUAGAAACUGGUAGAAAUUGACCAGAGAGGUCAAGCUGCAUCUCCUUAAAGCUGUUGUGAGAAAUUCAUCUGCUGAAGAACUUUGUGGUUUAUGGUCAACUGGGUAGGUCACUGUCCUGUCGGUUGAUACUCACAGUUUUCCUCAUUCUUCUUCUGUCCUCAUAAACACUCAACCUGGUUCAGAAGUAACGAGCUACUUUUAGUUCUAGGCUAUGUGGAAUACGCUGACAAAUAUUAAUAAUAAAGUAAUAUGGAAGAAGACAUUGGAUUGUAAUUGCUAUGAUAUUAUUAGAUACAUUAGGGGCCAUCAUCUUCAGUAAUAUGAACACCAGGCUGCCUGAUCAGAAUUACAAAAUGAAAAUAAUAAUCCCAAUGAAUGAACUUGGUUAAUGUUGCCACGGUUACAGCAACAAAUCCCACCUUUCACUAAUACUUCUCUUAAAAUGAAAACUAAAGUGCUCUUGCCUUUGCUUCCUUUUGUAUAAGUGGUGAAACAUAGGAAACCCUACACUAAAUAAUAAAGAAAGUGAUCUUUUCAAGUCAGUACUGUAGAUCAUUUUAGGAUUGUUAAAUGUAAUCUUUACUAGUAACUUCAUAUUGAACCAGAGUCACUUUUAAGUCCUGGCAACAGUGAAUUGGCAGGUUUAUGCAAAUAAAAAGCUGAAUACAGCCUAGCGUGUGAGGAAUUUAAAAACAAUAUUUGCAGUUUGGCUAUAAUGAUGGGUUGAAAUACCACACACAAUUUAUGGAAUUUUUAGCUACUCAUGAAAUAAUCAUUAGUUAAUUUCCUUAUCUGUCUAAUGAAGGGCACGGUGUGUGGAAAUAGUAUCAAUAUACUUUUCAGUUGCAGAAAGAUGUCACGUGAUUACCCAGACACCAUUCAAGUUAAGCUUUGUGACUCCAACGGACACUAGUAAAGAUUCUUUGAGAUUUCACUCUUUAGAUCGGUCUAGAUAUCAGUCACACAGAGAAAACUGCAUGCUAUUUAAAAACCUUUCUAAAAAUCUUACGUUGGUUAUUGCUCCCUUGAUGUUUAAACAUGUGUUAUGCUUUGAAAACUACACAUGGAAGAAAUCUAGUGAAAAAUCACAGAAAAGUAAGCACCCUAAUGCACACACAAUGUGCUAGUACAAUCCUAUUUUGGCAAUUUCAUGUUUAUGCAUAUAUUGCUGUAUGAGCAUUUUUCUAUAUCCUGCCCUCAAGUAUCUACUAUGGCAUAUUAAAUUGUCUGGAUAUUUAUUUAUAUGCUGUCUUAAAAGUGAAAAAUCUAAGCUACUAAUUUUGUUUCCUGUGGUGAUUCUGUUAGAUGGUGGCAGAUCCUGACCCCCUAGGCAGACGGCUUAUGGUUCUCAAGUUAGAUUCUUUUCUGUAUCUCACACUAUCCCUUCGGGAUGUUUUCACAGUGUCACCCCCUUAUGCUUGAAUGUCAUGCAUUUUCAUCUUAACCAGAUCGUCACUGUUAGGGCCAAUAAGACCCUCUCCAUACUCAGUCUUUGUUGGAAAAGAACCAAGUCUACUUUAUCAGUCUAAUGACAGUCCUUAUUAGAAUGGCUGAGGCUUACAUUUUCAACCAAAAAAGAUAUGAUAAAUUAAUGCAUGUCUCACCUUUUUUUAUUAGUGAAAUUAAUUAUAUUAUUAUUUUCUUCAAUAUCUUAUAUCAUAUUGUACAAGAAUUAAUUACUGAGAAAAAUGUGUUACUAAGUUAAUUUUGGUAAACUGUUUAUUAAGAAUUAACAGAUUUUGGCAAUACUUUGAAGAUCCUUGGCAAUGUUUUUAACUUUCUACUUGGUUUUGAUUAGCAGUUUCUGACCCCUACAUUCUUUUGUAAUUUUAUUUAUUUUGGAGCUGUGCAUAAGACCAGAAAAAUAGAAUUAAUCAACUAUAAGGCACAAGGAAUGACAUAUACAAAAGCAAAACUAAUUUCUGCCAAAAAUUAAAACAAAUUGUGUUCUACAGUAAUCUGUGAAAUGUUUUUUUUUAUCCCAACCAAAAUUUAACCUCAUUUAUUGAAUUCAGUUUUUCAGCAUAAUUUGCUGGUGAGAAUUUAACAAAUAACCAUACAAGCCAUAAAGCUCCA